AUCAAAACCCCUGUUAAUAAACUGUUUAUCGUUUUUGUUAGCCCAUGAUUUAACCAAAGAAAACGCGUUAAGUUAGUUACCAGAAAAUGACAGACUAAAAUAAUUGAUCCAGGAUAAUCAAGUUCAGCACUACCACCAAUUGUAGAAACAGUCCUCGCACCACGUGACGAGAUCUCCUCCUUCUUCCCCAACCCCACACCAUUUUAAACCCUAUUCCUCCUAUCUCUCUCUCUCUCCGUCUCUCUCGAGCUAAGAUUCGCUUUCUCUCUUUAGAUUUUGAUCUAGAUCGUUUUCAGCUGGUAUUUGCUAGGGUGGGGUGAGGACUUUAUUCUGGGAAUGGAGGAUGGCAAAGAGCAGCGAGUGGAUGAGUCUGAAAAAUCAUCGCCACAGGAGGAGGAAGCUAUAAAGAAAAAAUAUGGUGGCAUUAUUCCCAAAAAACCACCACUAAUUUCCAAGGACCAUGAACGUGCUUACUUCGAUUCUGCUGAUUGGGCUCUUGGAAAGCAAGGUGUUGACAAGCCAAAAGGACCACUUGAAGCCCUUCGGCCAAAAUUACAGCCCACACAGCAGCAAACACGAUACAGAAAGUCUCCAUGUGCUCCAUCAGAUGGUGAAGAUGGAGGAAGUGCUCCUUCUGAGGAUUCAGCUGCCAAUGAAUGAGAGUGCUUUUGGUCUUUUAAUCCUCUGAGACCUAUCAACUGUUGUUAUGGUACCUAUAUUGGUGAUGGAUGAUAUUCUGUUGUUCCUGAAAACAAACUUGGUGAAGAUGAUGUGAACUUAAGCUAUAAUGAAAAAAGAGAAAUGCAUUACACCAACAUUACUACAGUUGAAACUAAUCCAUAACUUCUGGUGUUCCAAGUUUUGUUGUGGGACAUUAUUGCUUUCGUUAUUAAUGAUGGAAGAGCUAUUUGCAAAAUUCUAAAAA